AUGCCAAGAGCAGCACCAACAAACUCAAGCAUUGCAUCGCUCCGUGGAUAUUGUCCAGCGCCGUUUCUGGAUGAGUCUAACUUUCAACAGGCAGAUGGAUUCGUGGCCGGUCGAUUCUGUCAGAGUGUUUUAGCGGAUCUUACGUGCUGUCUGCCAUGCCCGGCUACGGAUUGGUUGUAUCCACAAAGUUUUUGGACAUGGACGCGCAUAGCAGAAGGCGUCAAUGCAGCCGGCUUCGUUCUCAGCGGCUUGCUACUCAUAUCGUGGCUGAUUCUACCUGUGGAAGCUACACGACGGCACUACCUGAGCGUCUGUCUAGUAAUUGGCAUCAUGUCGAUGGCUCUCGGCUUCGUCGUACCGUUGGCAGUGCGGCCAGAGCAAUGCUUCGAUGAGAUCACACCUCACGACAUGUACUCAAGCAUGACGUGUGCGUGGUCUGGCGCCUUCCUCAUUGCCGGUGGUCUGGCUGUGGACGUAUGGAUCUUUAUCCGCGCUCUCUCGAUGCACCUCCAGAUCUGCUGGGAUGUCGUGCCCGGACGCAAAUUCUUUUACGCCGCUCAGGUGCUCGGCUGGGGCGUUACCGCAGCGCUCUUCACUGCUACGGUCACCUUUACCGGGUUCUCGAUGCGCUUCGGUGACGCCUGCCAUGUUAACUCAGCCCACUCAAUGAAAGACUUCUGGGGGCCACUGCUCGGCAUUGCCGCCGCAUCAACCCUCACGCAGCUCGCGACAUUUGCCUAUUGUAUCCACGUGUACCUCAAGAACAUGUGGAGCGAAGACAAGACCGAUACUAACAGCAGUUGCGGCCUACCGUCGUACACUUCCAGCGUGAACGCUCAGUCCGCACGAGCGGUCUACCGCCGCGUCAAGAAAGUAAUCCUGCUACAGUGGCGCGGCAUAGCCAUUGUUAUUUGUAUACUCGUGGACGUCGUCUUCUUCUCAACCGUCUUCGUCUACCUAGACAAUAUGGAGCAUGCCGUUCUGAAGGACCCGGAGAUGCUCCAAUCGUGGCUGCUGUGCUUGGUCGCAAGCCCAGACGACAGGGCGAAGUGCUACCAUUUGGGUCAAGAGUUUCUCAUCAACCAGCCGACCGUUGUAGCGGUCCUGUUGAUGCUCUCGGUAAGUUACCCCAUCACAAUCAUCCUAAUCCAUGGGCUGACCGGCGUAAUUCGCUUCAAGAUGGCCGGAAUACAAGCCUUUCUUCUCCUAGGUCGCAGAUCGAUGUUCACAGCAUGGAUCAAGUAUAUCCGCACAAAGCUUGACCGCAAGCGCGAAUUCGUUUCGUUGGAUGCGCGGCGGUGCUCCGCGGACGCACGCGCAUACGAGCUACUCAAGCUUGGGACCAAACCCACCGUCAUCAGAUCUCCCGGAACCGACAUCACAAGCCCAGCGGACACGUACGCCAGCCCAAUCGGCGGGGGCAGGAGCGGGACGCCGGAUUACUUUGCGAAGGAUGUGCACAGGCACUACCGGAGUCCAGUCAUGAGUUUCUCCAGUCCGACAACGCCAAACCAGAUGGCGCUACGGACGGACUACUGGGAUCCGCGAAGCACGCGUGCAAGAGGCGGCUUAGGCCUACAUCCGCCGGCGUCCGAAGACAGCAGUCCAGUUUCGCCAGAGGGCCUCAAGCACAAGCUGUAA